AUGCAGGCCGACGCGGAGGAAGAAGACAAACCCGCUGUAUCUAGUGUACUUCAUCCACUUUUUUCAUCGGACGAGGGUGACGUCUUCCUGGGAUCGAAGGAUGGUACGCAGUUCCGCGUGCACUCAUACACUCUAAAGACCACGUCGGGAUGGUUUCGAACCAUGUUCUCUCUACCACAGAAGCAGGACUCAAACUCGCUGGAAGUCAUUUAUGUGGACGAAGACACAGAGACACUCGAAGCGAUUCUUCGCAUGAUUUGUGGACUUCCAAUACCCCGUCUCGAUUCAUACGAAGCCAUCGAGCCAAUUCUGCAUGCCGCGGAGAAGUACGACAUGAUAGGACCUAUGUCAAUCGUUCGCGCAGUCGUCAUGACCCCUCCUCUCCUUGCCGAUCCUCUGCGUUUGUACGCCAUCACCUGCCGGUACGGUUGGCUAGAUGAAGCCAAGUUGGCCUCCCAAUACACCCUCAUCCUUGACUUGCAUGCUCCAGAGCACCGGCACACGUUGCUCAAGCUAGGCACCCUGGCGUUGCUCAAUCUCAUGGAGCUCCAUCGAAAUAGGCGAGAGGCCCUCAGACGACGCUUGAACGAACCACCAUUUGUCAACGACAAUGGCAACACGUUGUGCUCACACUGUGGCUCUGUGGUUGACUACCACACGUGGCGAGAGCUGAAGUACGUGAUCAUUCUGGAGAUGGACGUGCGGCCGCUCGGUGACACCGUGUGCAACGAGGGACUCCUGGAUUGGCCUGCAGCGCGUGCAUGCUGGGACGCCAGAUGCGUGAGUUGCGAUCGUGUCCUCUACGAUAAGAAAGAAACGUUGCGCGUCAUUCGCGAGUGCAUUGAUCAACUUCCGACGACGGUGGAGCCUGAGUGA